UUGUUAUUGUCCUUAUUAUAAUAACCAUACUUCCACCUCCUCCUGAAGUACAUAAUAGCGCCGAUGAACUUUUCCAGAAUGCACAAAGAUUUGCAAAUUCUCAAGGCUACGCCCUAGUUAAAAAAAGAACUCAGAAGGAUAAUCGUGAAACACAUAACAGAAAAACAAGCACCAGAUUAAUCGAUUAUCCUUUUGAAUUGUAUGCAACUCGACAAAAUGGCUUGUGGCACUUGGAGGUUCAUAAUGCUACAUAUAAUCAUGAUCCCUCAAAUGAUAUGUCAGGACAUCCCAUUGUUCGUCAACUAACAGAAGAACAAAAAGAAAGUGUUGCAAUAAUGACUACCUCUGGUUCACGUCCCCAUGAAAUUAUAUCAACACUUCAACAAAAUGAUCUGUCAACAUUAGUCAUUAGCAUAGAUGAACUUCAAGGAGGAGAUUUUUUAUAUAAGUAUAAGUGUGAUAAUAAUGGUUCAGUUACUCACUUAUUUUUUGCACAUAAAGAAUCGGUCUCUCUUAGCCGUCAAUAUCCUACAGUAAUUCUUAUGGAUUGUGAAGAGGAGGAUGAUUACAAAUGGGCCUUACAAAUUGUAAUAUCUUAUCUUCAGGAAACCUGGAUACCAUGGAAGAAAAAAUUUAUAAAAGCCUGGACAAAUCAAUUACUUUACUUGGGUACAACUGUAACUUCACAUAUCGAGGGUUCACAUGUAACAUUAAAAGCAUACUUACAAACAUCUACAGGGGAUCUUCAUCACGUUUAUACGACAAUAUCAUUAGCAGUAACCAACCAGAGAAAAGAAUUUAAUACUAUGAUUGCAUCAGAGCGUAUUCGUAUUCCGGCUUUUGCUACUUAUAAUUCUCUAUAUUCAAAUAUUAGGGAUAAAGUAUCAAGCUUUGCACUCAAUAAGAUAAAUGAUCAGUAUCAGAAGGCAAAACGUGCUACCGCACAAGAGCCCUUACCAUCAUGCACUGGAACUUUCACAAGAACGAUGGGCUUACCUUGCGCUCAUUUUAUUCAGUAUCUGGAGAAUAAUCAAAAUCUAAUGCUUAAUGACAUUCAUAAACAUUAUUCCGAUCCUAAAAACCCCCUACAACCUCUCUUGUACGAUCUACAACAAAGGUAUCAAGAAUGGCCAGAAUUCCAAAAAUUAGUGGUACAAGAUACUUUGAAAAACCUGAUCGAUGAACCAUCAAUGACCUUACAAAAUCCUAAUGUGGUUCACACAAGAGGCCAUCUCUCUGGAGCUCCUAAUUACCAGAAAAAUAACUCGACACGCAGAGAUCCCUCCUGCUUUGAAAUGGUAGAACACAAGGGUAGGCAUUGUGCUAUUUGUUGA